AUGGAUGCCGCCGGCAUGGGCAGGAGAGGCAAGAAGGGAAGCUCGCCGUUGCUUAGCGCUCGGCAUCGCCGCGCUCACGCUAAAAUUGACAAAAUGGGAAUUUCAUAUCCGGCACAAUACGGCGGCGUACGAAAGCAAUCGAUAAUUCCUGAUAAUGUCCCGUUUCCUUGCAACGUGCAUCUUGGCAGGUCCCUGUCAAUACCAGACAAUGUGCACCGAUUAAGACCGGGUGACAUCGAUGUAAUAGGUGGUCUCGGUGAUUCUUUAGUAGCCGGAAGUGGCGCAUUGGAGGAAUUUGCUGUAGGAACCUUUAUCGAAGCACGCGGAGUAAGUUGGUGUGUCGGUGGUCAAGGGGAUUGGAGACAAUUCUUCACCCUUCCAAACGUUUUAAAGGUAUUUAAUCCGAAAUUAACUGGAUAUUCUACCGGCACAGGAGAAUUUAUUUCGACCGCGGCGAAAUUAAAUAUUGCCUUUCCAGUCGCUGCUACAGAAGACGCGUUGCAACAAGCGAAAAUCCUGGUGCAGAGAAUUAAAAAUGAUCCAAAGAUAAACGUGAAAAAACAUUGGAAGCUUAUUACGAUCCUAUUUGGAGCUAAUGACAUUUGUUCGGCGCAAUGUUAUGAUCCGCAAAAAUUCUCGCCGAUACAUUACAUCCUACAUUUACGAAGAACACUCGAUUUUUUAAAAAUCGCGUUGCCCCGCACGCUAGUCAAUUUGGUUCCAGCCAUAGAUGUCACGGUUUCGGUUAGAGUAACGAAAAGUACCAUGUGUAAUAUAUUGCACCCUCUUUAUUGCGCUUGCAUGCAUCAGGGUAGUCGACCAGAAAUCGAAGCGUCGAAAAUGUCAUGGCUGUAUCAGCAGGCAGCUGAAGCUUUAGUAUUCUCAGGAAGAUAUGACAACUCACCGGAUUUCACGGUGGUGUUGCAGCCAUUUAUUAAAUUAUUUAACGCACCUAAUGCAGAUCCUAAGUGUGCUCCGCCGAUCGACUCCAGUUUGGUCACAUAUGAUUGUUUUCACUUUAGUCAGAAAGGACACGCACUCGGCGCUAAUCUCUUGUGGAAUAACAUGUUGGAGCCGGUCGGAAAUAAGACAGAAAAGGGAUUGCCAGGGAUACUAGAGAAAAUAAACUGCCCUACAGAAAACGCACCCUAUAUUUUCACAAAUAUUAAUUCGCGGCUUUUCCGAACGACUGGCAGGCAAGAUGGAAUUCUGUCUAACAAGAGUGAUUAA